AUGACAGUCCUAAAAGCAUCACAGGUGAAACUGACCGCCCGGCGCACGGGGCUCGCUCGGCUCGACCCCAGUCCCACCGGUACCCUCGAGAUAGCGAACGAGCUGCUGCAGAGGAACCAUGAUAACUAUCACAUGUAUUUCCGUGAUGUCGGUGGCCACAACCACAUCACCCACUCGGUGCUGAGCGUCCUCGCCAUGGGAGGCGGCCCCAAGGAGCUGAAGCGCGCAUACGACGAUGGCUAUGGAUACCAGCGUCCCCUGCCAGCCCUGGACCUGCAAGUGGCGCAGGAGCUCAGCGACCCGGCGAAAUUCCGCGCCCGCAUGCUGAAUCUGGACCAGUACACGAAUUUCCUGCACUUUUUCGAAAGCGAAAUCGAUGCCAAGGGCUGGCAGGCCGUCCUGCAGGAGUACUGCUUCAGCCGCACGCCACUUGCAGAGGCCAUGUUCUCCCAGCUGUACGAGGGCCUGCUGCAUCCCAUCAUCCACCUGGGCUUCGGCAUCGAGUUUGAACAGCCCAGCAUCAUCGCCGAGGGCCUCGCCCACGCCGCCUCCCACGACCCGGGAAACAUCGAUACGUUCUUCCUCCGCAGCGAGGAGCUAGCGCGCUCUGGCUCCGUGCCCGCAAAGCCACUCGUCGAGCUGUACGAGGAGGUUCGCCGCAACGAGAAGACGCGCACCGCCGGCCGCAUGCAGGAUGGACCGUUUCGGCUGCGCGACGGCCCACUCGCUCGCUCCAUGGAUGAGAUCGUGGGCAUCGCAGCGCAGUUCCAGAUCAAGCCGGAGGACCUGGAGCGCGGCACGGCGGAAAUGAUCAACUGUGCGGCUUACAGCGCCGGGGCGGCGCAGCGGGCCGGCAAGGUGCCCAAGGUGGAUUUCUUCAUCAUGCACGAUGUGACCUGUUCCAUCUUCCUGAGUGUGCUAGUCAAGCAGUCGUGGAUCAAGCUCGAGGACAGAAUCCGGUUGGUGGAAUGGAAGGCACGGCUGGACCUGGCGUGGUACGCGGCAAAUGGAGCAGCGGAGCUACGCCUGGAGGAUAUCUCCGGGUACGAACCAACAGCAAGCAAGGGGAUGGACUGGCGCGCGUUAUACAAGGCCGUCAACGAGGUCCACGACGACGGACAUAUUGCCAAGUUUGUGCGUGCUCUGAAGAACGGUGAGACUGUCUCGGCGCCUUUCGAGCAGGGAGACGGGGCCGAUGAAUUUCCCAUCAAGGGCGAUCUGUGGCUUCGGAUCGCGCAGAUGGGCUACGACACGACCAAGGACGGCCAUGAUAAUAGUGACAAAUGGGUCUGGGGGGCUGGAUUCGACCUUGCCUGGAUGAAGGUACCGGACUCUCAGUAG